GGGUUGGUCACACAGUGAUCAGCCAAGGGAAGCAAUUCGUAUGCAUAACCGUAUGCAUCACCAAGGACUUCACGCAGUUGUUUGAUGAAAUGGAUGAAAGAGAUUUGGUCUCUUGGAAUUCGUUGAUAUGUGGAUAUAGCCAAUGCAGUAAAUUUAGACAGGUUUUGGGUAUUUUUGAGGCAAUGCAGGCAGCAAAUGUGAAGGCUGACGCAAUCACAAUAAUGAAGGCUGUCUUGGCAUGCUCUGUUUUGGGUGAGUGGGAUUUGGCCGACUCAAUGGUUGAGUACAUUGAGGAAAAUCACGUGCCAAUUGAUCUCCACCUGGGGAACACCCUGAUAGAUAUGUAUGGACGACGGGGUAUGGUUGAUUUGGCCCAAGAAGUAUUUGAUCGGAUGAAGCAUAAAAAUACAGUUUCUUGGAAUGCGUUAAUUAUGGGUUAUGGAAAAGGGGGCAACUUAGUAGCUGCCCAGAAGUUGUUCGAUGAGAUGCCACAGAGAGAUGUGAUCUCAUGGACUUCCAUGAUCACUGGUUACUCCCAAGCCGACCAAUUUACAGAGGCAAUAAGACUUUUUAAAGAAAUGAUGGCUGCUGAGGUGAAGCCAGAUGAAAUUACUGCUGCUAGCGUGCUUUCUGCUUGUGCACAUCUAGGAUUACUGGAUGUUGGGUUACUAGUUCAUGAGUACAUAUGUAAGUAUGAUGUAAGAGCUGAUGUUUAUGUUGGAAAUGCCUUGAUAGAUAUGUAUUGCAAAUGUGGAGUGGUGGAUAAAGCAUUGGAGGUGUUCACAGAGAUGAGGAUCAAGGAUAGUGUGUCAUGGACUUCAGUGAUCACAGGCCUUGCUGUGAAUGGUUUUGCAGAUUCUGCUCUUGAACUUUUUUCACAAAUGUUGAGUGAAGGUGUUCAGCCUUCUCAUGGGGUAUUUGUUGGCAUUUUGCUAGCCUGUGCUCAUGCUGGAUUGAUUGAUAAAGGAUUGGAAUAUUUUGAAAGCAUGGAAAGGGUUUAUGGACUGAAACCUGAAAUGAAACAUUACGGAUGUGUUGUGGAUCUUCUGAGUCGCUCUGGCAAUUUAGAAAGGGCUUACGACUUCAUAAAAAACAUGCCAAUAGUUCCAGAUGUUAUAGUGUGGAGGAUAUUACUGAGUGCUUCUCAGCUUCACAGAAAUGUGCCCAUGGCUGAGAUUGCCUCGAAGAAGCUUCUUGAAGUGGAUCCUUCUAACAGCGGAAACUAUGUACUAUCUUCUAAUACUUACGCUGGCUCGGAUAGAUGGGAAGAUGUUAUUAGAAUGAGAGGAAUGAUGGGAGAGGGUAAUGUUCAGAAACCAUCAGGUAGCAGUUCCAUAGAAAUAGAUAGCUCUACAAAUUCUCGUGAUACCUGUUUUAUUUGACAGUAAGAAAGGAAAAAAUGUAAAUUGACCGAUACUUAUAAAUUUAAUUCAUUUGUGGGACAAUGUUAAGAAUGGGCGCCGUGAAAAUCUGAACCUGCCCUUCUUGGCCUUAUCAGUUGGUCAGGGUGGUGACUUAUUUUCUGACCUGAACUGUCGUUACUAUUUACUGAGAAAUAUUAUGAUCAAAAUCUGAAUGCGUUGCUUGACA